AUGACUGCAAGAAACAUAACCACAAAGAGUGGAUUCCUCCUCACGGGGUUCUCAGACAACCGUGAGCUGCAGAUCUUGCAUGCUUUGCUCUUCUUGGCGAUGUAUCUAUUGGACCUUGCAAGUAACCUUGUCAUUGUCAGCGUCACAACACUGGACCCACAGCUCCAGUCUCCAAUGUAUUACUUUCUGAAGCAUCUUUCCCUUCUGGACCUCUCAUCCCUUUCUGUCACAGUUCCCCAGUCUAUUGACAGCUCGCUGGCAGGCACUGGCUACAUUUCAUAUGACCAGUGCAUGCUGCAGGUUUUUUUCUUCACAGCUUUGUGCUGGAGUGAGAUGGCCAUUCUCACAGUGAUGUCAUAUGACCGCUAUGUGGCCAUCUGCUUCCCACUGCACUAUGAGGUCAUUAUGAGUCCCGGAAAGCGCAUGUGGGCUGUGGCAGCUGUGUGGCUAAGUGGAGGCAUCUCAGGAACUUUGUACAUAACAACUACACUCUCUAUCCGAUUCUGCAGGGCCAAAAUAAUUCACCAGUUCUUCUGUGAUAUCCCCCAGUUGCUCAAGCUCUCCUGCUCUAAUGAUUACUUCGGAGUUAUGGAAGUGUCUACUUUUAUGUCUGUAAUGGCCUUUGCCUGCUUCAUGGGGAUUUCCCUCUCCUACGGCCAGAUAUUCUCCACAGUUCUCAGGAUGCCCUCUGCUGAAGGUCGAUCUAAGGUCUUCUCCACCUGCCUGCCUCAUCUCUUCGUUGUUUCAUUUUUCAUCUCCACAGGCAUUUGUGCAUAUCUAAAGCCAACCUCAGACUCUCCAACUGCUUUAGACCUCAUGCUCUCUAUCUUUUACACAGUCCUACCCCCAACACUCAAUCCUGUUAUCUAUAGUCUGAGGAAUGAGUCCUUGAAGGGAGCUGUAAGGAAGUUAAUAUUAAGUGAACAAUUCAGUGGGAAAAAAAUUACUUUUGUUUUUUGUUAGUGGC